AUGGAGGAUAUGGUGUUGUCUGGUGGUGGUUUGAAUUGUUGGUUGAGCACUGAUGGUGUGGCGAAUAUUUGCUUCCAUAUGUGGAGACAACUUGAUCUAGUCGCCUCCACUGUUGAAGACAACUUCAGCAAGUUGCCUCCAGAUUUGGAGACAACUUUCAGCAAGUUGCCUCUAGAUGAUGGUGGUGGAAUUGGUGGUUGCUGGUGGUGGAAAAAAGUGGUGGUGGAUGCAGAUCAACUCCUAGAAAAGAGAGUAAGAUCGCGUUUUUCCCACAGGAAACUAUUGUUUCUUCCUCCCUCUAAAGAAGACAUACAGAUAUUGUUGGAGCACAUAUUAUCUUUGCCAGCAGAUUCAAGUUUUCCUCAUGAUUAUGUAGUUGAGUUCAAUGAGAAAAUUCGUUGCAUAUUAGGAGAUCAAAGGUUUAAAGAAAUUCUUACGAAACUAUCUGAUGCUGAUUCCAGUGUAAACAACUUGUUGAGCUUUCUAUUUCGAUGUAUUUGUAAUAUGGAUAUAAAAGAAUCAACGUUUCUUUCAAUAAAGAACUUUGAAACUGCGAGUAAGAGCAUCCAUCAGCAACCCAAGCGGGAAAGCCUACAAGAUUGUUCUACUUUAGAGCACUAUUUUCUGGUAUGCAUGAAGAGACUGGAAACUAAAGAGCAGAACUCCUAUAACUUCAAUUCUGUUAUGAAAGAGUACAAAGUCAUACAUGAUGCUUUUCCUAUUUAUGUUACUCAUUAUGAAAGAGAUAGAUGCUUAAUGGCCUUUGAACACCUUGAACAGCAUGGGUUAAUCUCCUUUGAAGAUGUCAGGGGACAGAAUCCGUCUGUUCAAUUUCGCUCAGUUAAGCUACUAGUCUCAUCCCAUCAGCUUCAGGAGAGCUUGAAUGCAAACAGUUCCAGCAUUCCCGGGAAAAUUCGGACACUACUAAUGUCAUAAGAGGCAACGACGCUGGAUGCAUUCUCAUCAAUAAUGCUGCAUGUUAACACCCUGCUGGAGGACUAGGAAGCAUUUACCAUUUUUGUCAUUGGCUGGAAUAGAUAGCUUCAAGCGUGUGGCAACUGUACC